AAAUUGAGGUUCGGUGUUAGGUUCGGAAAGCCGUUCGCUGCUACAAUCUUGACUCUUUGAGAGAGAGAGAGAGAGAGAGAGAGUUGUGGAAAUGGAGGGUGGUGGUGCCAUCUUCCUCGACUCGGAUUCACAGGCUGUUAUUGGAGGUUCAAAAGCAAAGAAAGUGAGAGGGGUGAAGGGAGAUUCUGUUUCUAUGGGAGUGAGAGUGGGAGUUGGAACUUCCCCGAACAAAAUUCUUGCUAACAUAACCAACUUGGACCAGCAACCGAAGCAACACAUCUCUACUGAGCAGCUUCUCAGGGAAAAGGAAAUGUUGGUGAAGGUUCUUGCUAAUAGAGAUGCCAUAAUUGAAUCGUGUAAAGCUGAGCUGCUGAAGUGUCAAAGCAAUUAUCAGAAACUAAGGAAGCAAAAUGGGGAACUUGCCCUGACAAAUAGUCAAAUGUUGGCGGAGCUUAAUUCAAGUAGACAGAAGCUAAGGGAACUUCAGCUUGAACUAGGAAGCAAAAAUGGUGUACUUCAUGCUAUGAGAUUAGAAUUGACGGCAAAAGAGCACACAGUGAAAUCGAAGCACGAAACUGAUGCAAACGAGGUGGGAGUAUGUCAGAGUAAGCAAUCUGAUCGAUCGUUGCAAGAAGAUAACAGGGGGAAUGAAAAAAGGAAGAGAAUGUCCAAAAGCCGAUCUUCUGCACCUGCUGUCGUUAAACAAGUCAAAUCCACAGAAAAGGUCGACGAUAAGAGGUAUAGUUUAAGAAGGCAAUCUGCGGGGUUGAAAGCUGAAAAACCAGAACCAACAAAAGAUUUAUCGGAAGUAGUUGAAGUCAAAGACGAGAUUUUGCAACUACAAGAAAAUUUUGCGAAGGAAACUGGACCAACGUCAUUGGGGUUGAAGGUCCAUGACGAAGCCAGAGAAGCUACUGAAUGUGACUCUUCGGGACCUACUAACACUGGACAAGCUCAUGCCAAAAAGAAUAUUGAAAAAAAGAGGCAUAGUAUGAGAAGACAAAGUAACCGGUUCAGGCCAGAGAAACCAGAAGCCACUGAAGACUUAUUUGAGACAGAUGAUGCAAAAUUUAGUGUAUCACAAUUAUCUGAUAAUAUGUCAGAAGAAAUUUGUCCAACAACAUCAAGUGUAACGUGUGGACAAGAAAACAAUUGCUGUACAAUUGAGCCUCAGGAAACUCGUAGAUCAUCUGUUGGGCGGCCAUUGCGUCGGACAGUUGAGAAGAUUGUGUCCUACAAGGAAGUUCCACUUAACGUGAAGAUGCGCAGAGAUAAAUCAGGCAUUUUCGUAAUAGGUUCUCAGUCUCACUGAAUUAUCAAUAACUCUGUAUGGAAGAAUGGAGUGUAAACUGCAAAGCAUAAUAGCUUCUUGUUAUAGUGCAUGGUGAAUUGAUUUUUGGUUGAAUAGCUUCUUGUUUAGGGCUUUGCAUAAUUGAAAACUGAUGUACGUGUUAUUAUUUUAUCCAUUUGUUGA